ACUAACAUGGUUCUGUUAGGUGAAAUUUUUCCAAAUUUCGUGGCAAAUACGCAAAUUGGCACUAUUAAUUUUCACGAUUGGCUAGGCGACUCAUGGGGAAUAUUAUUUUCUCAUCCGAACGAUUUUACGCCUGUAUGCACAACGGAAUUAGCUCGAGUUGUCAAAUUGAUGCCCGAAUUUGACAAACUGGGAGUAAAAGUUAUCGCAUUGUCGUGUAAUUCUGUCGAUUCGCAUCGUAAAUGGAUAGAAGACAUAAAGUCUUAUGGCGAAAUAACUGACAAGGAGUUUCCUUAUCCGAUUAUAGAGGAUGAAACACGGAAACUCGCAACAUUAUUAGGAAUGCUGGAUCCUGCGGAAGUUGAUAGUCAUGGUAUACCGUUGACUGCUAGAGCGGUAUAUAUUAUCGAUCCUGCCAAAAAAAUGCGAUUAUCAAUAUUAUAUCCUGCCACCACUGGAAGAAACUUUGAUGAAAUUUUACGAGUGAUUGAAUCGCUUCAUCUGACAGAAGAGUAUAAAGUAGCAACGCCUGUCGAUUGGAAGAAAGGAGAAGAUGUUAUGCUUCAGCCUACCGUGUCCGAAGAAGAAGCGAAAACACUGUAUGAGAAUAUGAAAAUUUUAACAGUACCUUCGGGCAAAACUUAUUUGCGUAUCGUACCGCAACCAACUGCACAUAAAUAAUUCUUUGAAAUAUGAAAAAAACAAGUAUUUUACAGUGUAUUCUCUUAAAUUGUCAAAACUAAUGUUUGCAAAAAUUAAAAUACACAUUCCGAUGAUAUAUUGAAUUUCG